AGUUUUGGCAGUUCUAUUGAAAAACUAAAGAUUCAACAUGUCAACGGAACUGGGCACAAAAGAUGGCAUUCUCAUUCGCAUAAUGCAGGUGUCGGACUAUCAGAAUGUCAAGAUAUUUAUGGGUGGUAAUUUCUAUAAUGGAGAGCCGUUGUGCGCGUCCUCAGGAGAGAAUGUGCAGAGGUGUUGUGAAAAGGAGAACGACGAAUAUCACGUUUCCAUGAUAGAGGAGGGCACCUGCCUCUUGGCUUUAGACCAGAACAAUGCUGGACGUAUUGUUGGCUUGGUCCUGGCUGGUCCUCAGAUCCCCAGCGAUUUGCAGAAGCAUCGCCAGGAAGCCGCUGCAAUGGAGCCCAAUACCUGGGGACGUAUUGCCGUGUUUCUGUCUGAAGUUGAGAUCGAAGUCAAUCUCUUCAAGCGCUACGGCAUCUCCAAGCUGCUCUACUCCCACAUUACCAAUGUGGAUGCCACAAUGCGAGGCAAAGGGCUGGGCGCACGUCUAGCUGCCGCUCUUAUGGAAGUGGGUCGCUCCAAGGGCUUUCCCCUCAUGGCAGCCUACUGCUCCAGCUACUAUUCGGCACGCCAAAAGCAGGCCUUGGGCAUGGAGUGCGUAUACGAAAAGGCCUAUGCGGACUACAAGGAUGCCAAUGGCCAAGUGGUUUUCAAGCCAGCUGCACCACACACACAUAUACGUGUUAUGGCUAUUAAACUCUAAGUUGGUUUUAUUUUG